UUCUAGCAAUUGAUCUCAAUUCUUAAUUUGUGUUAGAGACUAGAGUGCAAUACAAUUUGUGUUCGGAUUUUGGAAUAAUCAUCAACUAUUUCUGUCCUAAAAAAGAAAUAAGCUUUUAUCGUGCUGUGCUAUAAAUACUUAAACUCCUUAAAAUGGCUCUAAAAGCUCUUGUGGGUCAGAAGAUCAUGAAUGAAGUAAUUCGCUAUAGGCCAAAGGGAAAAGAUAAUCAAAAGGUAGAAUGGAGGAUCCUAAUUGUAGACCAAUUGUCAAUGAGGAUGGUGUCAGCAUGCUGUAAAAUGCAUGACAUUUCUGCUGAAGGAAUUACUUUGGUAGAAGACAUUCACAAGAAGAGAGAACCCUUAUACACCAUGGAUGGCAUUUACUUGAUAACUCCUUCUGAGAAGUCUGUGCAUGCCUUAAUAAAUGACUUCUCUAUUGGAAAUCGUAUUAUGUACAAGGCUGCUCACGUGUUCUUUACUGAAGUGUGUCCUGAGGAAUUGUUCAACGAACUUUGCAAGUCCACAGCAGCCAGAAAAAUUAAAACAUUGAAGGAAAUUAACAUUGCUUUCCUACCAUAUGAGAGUCAGGUAUUCUCAUUGGAUUCUCCGGAGACCUUCCAAUGCAUGUACAACCCAGCAUUGACGCAGACUCGUAAUGCUAACAUGGAGCGAAUUGCAGAACAAAUUGCUACUCUCUGCGCCACUCUUGGAGAGUACCCAUCAGUGCGCUAUCGCAGUGACUGGGAACGUAAUGUGGAGCUUGCUCAACUCAUUCAACAGAAACUUGACGCGUAUAAGGCUGAUGAGCCAACAAUGGGUGAAGGACCAGAAAAGGCCCGGUCCCAACUAUUAGUGUUGGACCGCGGCUUUGACUGUGUAUCUCCUUUGUUGCAUGAGCUCACCCUUCAGGCUAUGGCUUAUGAUCUAUUGCCCAUUGAGAACGACGUCUACAGGUAUGAAGCUUCCGCGGGUUCUAUGAAGGAAGUACUUCUAGAUGAAAAUGAUGAACUUUGGGUGGAACUUCGUCAUCAGCAUAUCGCCGUGGUCUCCACCUCAGUCACCAAGAACUUGAAGAAAUUCACAGAGUCAAAGCGAAUGGGGGGAGGUGACAAACAAUCAAUGAGGGAUCUAUCGCUUAUGAUAAAGAAGAUGCCGCAGUACCAAAAAGAGUUAUCGAAAUACGCGACUCAUCUGCGGUUGGCCGAAGACUGCAUGAAGGUUUACCAAGGCUACGUCGACAAGUUGUGCAAAGUUGAACAGGACCUUGCCAUGGGAACUGAUGCCGAGGGUGAAAAGAUAAAGGAUCACAUGAGAAGCAUUGUUCCAGUGCUUCUGGAUCAGGCUGUGAAAAACUACGACAAGAUGCGUAUAAUCGCUCUAUACAUCAUGUCGAAGAAUGGUAUCUCUGAAGACAAUUUGAACAAACUGGUGACUCACGCGCAACUGGAACCUUCGGACAAGCAAGCCCUGCUUAAUUUGGCUAACCUUGGACUGAAUGUGGUCGUUGAUGGCAACAGAAAGAAGCAGUACCAAGUUCCCCGCAAGGAGAGGAUUACUGAACAGACUUACCAGAUGUCGCGAUGGACUCCAGUUCUUAAGGACAUUAUGGAAGACGCUAUCGAUGACAAAUUGGACCAACGUCACUUCCCAUUCCUCGCUGGACGUGCUCAGACCUCGGGAUAUCAAGCACCUACUAGUGUACGCUACGGUCAUUGGCACAAGGACAAAGCGCAGCAGACAGUCAAAAAUGUACCGAGACUUAUCGUUUUUGUUGUUGGAGGUGUAUGUUUCUCAGAGGUGCGUGCCGCCUAUGAAGUGACUGCCGCUCUCAAGAACUGGGAGGUCAUCAUCGGAUCCUCUCACCUCCUUACGCCCGACAACUUCCUCUCAGACCUCAGCUCUCUCACUGCUUAAAUUGACAGUUUUAUUUGGUAAUUUAUUUUUAUUUCAUAUAAAAUUCAAUAAAACUUUGAAUCCCAUUUAAGUCAAUAUUAACUGAACGUCCAAUGAAAUAAUUUCAUGACAGCUUAUAAAUCCUUGAGGUUGGCUUCGAAUAUAAUAUGGAAAUACAUGUAUUCGUUUAAUUUGUAUGCUAUAAAAAGAAGCAUCUCCGUUCAUGAACAUUUCAAGGUUUUAUUUAUUUAUUAACACCUCGUUGCAUUUGCCUUUUUUUGCGUGGUAGUACUAUAUACUACUUUGAAAUAUAAAAUGUUUCGAAAACUAGUGGUGUCUUAGUAAAAAAAUAUGGGCUUAAGGCUGCAUAUUAAGAUGAAGUCAUUAAUAUGACAGAAGAUAAAUGUGAUCGCUUCUAUAUUUAAACUUAUCUCUUGCUUUGUAUAGAUUUCGUCGUAAAAAAGAGCCUAACAUUAAUGUAGAGUAUAAUGUGUUUGAAUAAUUACCAAAAAGUUUACUUAGUAAGCAUAAUUUUGACAACCCAUGUCGAUUUCCUAAUUUCACAUUAUCUAUGGAAUAGAUAAUCAUUGUUUUACAUUUAGAUUUUAUUAUUGUUGCCGUUACUUAAAUUUUAUUAUGUUUCGUCAAAAGUAUUAUAGUUUAUGGCUUGUAUACCUUAUUUUAUCUUAAUUUAUUAUGAUUAUAAUAUAAAAUAGAUAGUGGCGUGUUUAAAUUAAACGCAUUAAAUAAUUAAGUGUUGUAAGUGUGACAUAAUAACAUUUCAUGUUAGUAGAAAAAAAUAUAUGAAUUAAGUGUUUAUCGCAUAUUUCAAAAUAUCACUUAGAUUUUAAAUACAUUUAAUGUCAUAAACGGUAUCUAUUUGUAAUUUAGUUUUUGUGUAUUGAUACCUUAUAAUUAACAUUAAAUGGCAAUGGAACUGUUUUGGUAGCACAGUCUCCCAAAAUAUUAUGAAUAUUAAAAUUUGUGUGUAUUAAUGCAUAACUGAUAUUGGCUAGGCAGAAUGGAAAAUAUUGCGAUUUAAUAAAAUUUAAAACUCUCUAUGUCUUAGAGAUAAAAGAUAUACAGUAUUCAAUUAUAUACAGAAUCCUCGCUUUCAAUUAAAAUAAUCGAACACGAGAAGAGAAUAUUGGUAAUUUUUGUGUGUGUAGCCAAAUCGGCUCCAGUAUAUUUACAAUUUAUAUAAUAGUUAUAUUGUACCCAUUAUUUGUUGUGGGCAUAAAAUUAUCUAAGUAUAUGUCGGAAUAUAAAAAUAAAGUAAUUGUUUUCCUUAGCAAUAGCAAUGUUUACAUUCCAUGUUUACAUAUUGAUAUAUAGAUUUAAUCAUUCAGUCACAUGACUUUAUCUCUAGCAAAUAUGUUUAUUCUUACUAAUAAUAAUAAUGUUUAGGGCUGUAAUUUAAAAUAAUUGUCGCAGAUUUGUAUAGUUUAGGGAAAUAAAUUGUGUGGUCAAGCACAUUCUUGUAAUAGAAAAACUUUAUGAGCCAAAGUUUUUCUAUUAAAAAGAAAAAUUUCUCGUUGAAAUACGACAAAAAUUGCGAGAUUUUAUCAAUACUUCUUUUAUAGAGACGGUAUUUUUGAGUUUUACCAAUUCUACGAAAUGUAAUAUGUGGUGGAUUUUUAAAAUAAGAAUUGAUAAAAUAUACGCUUCAUACUAUCACCUAACGGUUAAUAAUGAUUAUAAAAUAACAUUAAAGUUAUGAGCGGAAAUUAAAAAUGUUGCUUUGAAUUGUGUAUUUCCGCUGUAAAUUAGAAAUGUUCUUGUGCAAUUAUGUAGAAAUAUUAAAAUAUAAAGUUUGUCAGUAUUCAUAUGUUAUUAAAUAUUUAUUUGUAAUCAUUA